AUGUGGGUUCACAACACUCGGCCCGGCGCUGUCUUCGAAGCGCAAGAGACAUACUCGAAUCGAGAACAAAUCAUAUCGUCUUUCUUAACCAGGACUCUCAGUGGAUCGUCUGACGCAUUGACUCGAUCUGAUUAUAUACAACACAUCAAGCAGACGCCCGCGCCGCUAAGUGUGCACGGUGUCCUAGCCCAUGCAGACAUCGGUAGAGACCGGCCUCAGUGCGAGAAAGAUGGGAGAGUUAUUGAAAGUAGACAAUCAUCGCCGGAAGACAAGAGUCAUCGGACAAAAAAAAGAAAAGAAAAGAAAAGAACCAAUGCCAUCUCUGCCAAUUAUAGCAAAAAUGCAACCCAAGUCGAUGCCAUGCAAACAUUCUUUUUUUUCGCCACAUUAGCACCCUGCGCUGAAGAAGUUUCCGUCGUGUUGUUCACGGUAAACGCGUGGGAGGAUCGCAUCGAUUUCUCGCAGUCGAGCAGUGUCACCGGGCUUGACGUUGGAACGGUUGAUCUGCCAUCGUCGUACGGCGGCUACACGAAGGUAGAGCUUGUGUGCUUGGAAUCGACGGGCGAUCGCGUCGAGAAUACUCUGAGAACGAAUGGAAAAGGUCAGCAACGGGUGUGGAAGAAUAAGAAAAGGGCCCAGUUGGCGGCCAGAAGACGUUGGGCGGCUGCAAGACUCUCCUGGAGCACCCGAACAGUACACAAAACAAAAGCACAACAUAACACAAAUACGAGGAAAGAUCAAAGGAAAGGAGUGGCUCGUCAAUUGGGUUACGCUUCUUUUCUUCUUCUACGCCGUGGACAACGGGAUACUCCUCUUAAGCUUAUGUAUGUUUUGAUGGAAACAGCUCCUCAAGGUCGCUCCCAUUGCAGACAGGUUAAUUGGCACACUAUCCAGACGUGGCUGGCUGCGCCAAUGGAUAUUGCACAUUGCAUACUAAGGGGAUCAACGGCAGGAGGAAACAAUCAGAUCUCGAGACGUGCCAGUGGAUCUCAGAAUACCAAGCUUGGGCAUUGGUCCCUGCGACAGGUACAUCGCGAAAACCAUGCCGUUGGAAAGCCGGGGCAGGCCCAGCAGACAACUAGAAAGGCACGGAAGGCUAAUUGGCAGCAUAUCGGUCCAUGA